AUGAGGCUUGAGAUCGUGCAGAAUGAUGUUGUUGUGUUGCUUCAAAGAGAAAUCCCAGACUCCAUCAACAUUCAAGUUGCUAAGUGGGUUUUAGGUCUGCAACGAAUUGUAAUUACUGCUGUGUAUAUUAGUAACAAAAACCAUUUUUUUCUUCAUCACUCAACCUCUGUUGAGCAUCUCUCGGCUGAAAGAUUUCUUGCGGAGCUCCUCUAUCCAUCACGCCCCCCAACAUCUUCAGUCACCGAGCUUUAUAAACUACAUUCCACUGCUCCUCCGCCUCUUCUCUUACCGCAAACCGUUAUAACAGAGCUGUGA